GAACAACGUGGGAGGGAAACCAAACACCCCCAGCGAAGCCAACCCGAAAAGAAAAGAAGAAGAAACAGUCAUUCAUCAACAACGCACGACAAUUUAGGGAUUUCAUUUACCUACAAAAUCUCAACAAUCCUAUUGCCAAAUUUGGGCACAAUCACCCUAAUUCAACUCCAUCUCUCUUCUUCUGUCCGAUCUCUCACUCUUCUUCUUCUUCUUCUUCUUCAAUUCACUUCCAUUUCCACCUUUUUCCUCUGUUUUUCACCGAUUCAAACUUCCUGCGAACGAAUCAGCCGUCGAUUUACUCAUUCCUUUCUUCAAUUUCAUCACCGAAGCAAACGUUUCAGCUGUAGUUGAUCUGUGUGCUCGAUUGAACUGGUUUCACGCGUUGAUUUGUUGAUUUAUUCCCGAUCUGAUCCAAGUUUGAUUGCUAAUGGCGGCAGUCAGUCUAGGGGUCGGCUCACUAGUCUGGGUGGAGGAUCCGGAAGAAGCUUGGAUAGAUGGGGAAGUUAUUGAGGUCAAUGGUGACAACAUUAAAAUUGCUUCUACUUCAGGCAAGACGGUUGUUGCCAAGUCAUCAAAUGUAUAUCCCAAAGACGCCGAAGCACCACCAUGUGGAGUGGAUGACAUGACAAAGCUGGCUUAUUUGCAUGAACCAGGGGUUUUAAAUAAUUUGAGAUCCAGAUACGAUAUUAACGAGAUUUAUACUUACACAGGGAGUAUAUUAAUAGCCGUAAAUCCUUUCACAAGAUUGCCACAUUUGUAUGAUAGCCAUAUGAUGGCACAAUACAAAGGGGCAGCAUUUGGGGAAUUGAGCCCUCAUCCUUUUGCAGUUGCAGAUGCAGCAUACAGAGUUAUGAUCAACGAAGGUAUAAGUCAGUCAAUUUUGGUUAGUGGAGAAAGUGGGGCUGGUAAAACCGAAAGCACAAAGCAGCUGAUGCGUUAUCUUGCUUACAUGGGAGGUAGAGCUUCUACUGACGGAAGGAGUGUUGAACAGAAAGUUCUAGAGUCCAAUCCUGUUUUGGAAGCUUUUGGUAAUGCGAAAACCGUGAGAAACAACAACUCAAGUCGUUUUGGCAAGUUUGUUGAGAUUCAGUUUGACCAGAAGGGAAGAAUCUCAGGGGCAGCCAUCAGAACGUAUUUGCUUGAAAGAUCUCGGGUUUGUCAACUAUCGGAUCCCGAGAGGAAUUAUCAUUGCUUCUACAUGCUUUGUGCUGCACCACCGGAGGAUUUAAAAAGAUACAAAGUGGGAGAUCCGAAGACAUUCCAUUAUCUUAAUCAAUCGAACUGUUACCAGAUAGACGGGUUAGAUGAAAGCAAAGAAUACAUUGCUACAAGAACAGCAAUGGAUGUUGUCGGGAUUAACUCUGAGGAACAGGAUGCGAUUUUUAGAGUUGUAGCUGCUAUUCUUCAUCUGGGUAACAUAGAAUUUGCGAAAGGAAAGGAAAUGGACUCGUCUACCCCCAAAGAUGACAAAUCUUGGUUCCAUCUGAAAACAGCUGCAGAGCUUUUCAUGUGUGAUGUGAAAGCUUUAGAGGAUUCUCUUUGCAAACGUGUAAUUGUAACACGUGAUGAAACUAUCACCAAAUGGCUAGAUCCAGAAGCUGCUGCUGUCAGUAGAGAUGCAUUAGCAAAAGUUGUUUACUCAAGGUUAUUUGAUUGGCUUGUUGAUAGGAUUAACAGCUCAAUCGGUCAAGACCCAGACUCAAAAUACAUUAUAGGAGUGCUGGACAUAUACGGAUUCGAGAGUUUCAAGACAAACAGCUUUGAGCAAUUUUGCAUCAAUUUGACAAAUGAGAAACUGCAACAACAUUUCAAUCAGCAUGUCUUCAAAAUGGAGCAAGAAGAAUACACAAAAGAAGAAAUUAAUUGGAGCUACAUUGAAUUUAUUGACAAUCAAGAUAUCUUGGAUCUCAUCGAGAAGAAACCGGGUGGCAUUAUAGCUCUUUUAGAUGAAGCUUGUAUGUUUCCCAGAUCAACACAUGAAACAUUUGCACAAAAGCUGUACCAAACUUUUAAGAAUCACAAGCGUUUCGCCAAGCCAAAAUUGGCUCGUUCUGACUUCACAAUUUGUCAUUACGCCGGUGAUGUCACUUAUCAAACUGAGUUGUUUCUGGACAAAAACAAAGAUUAUGUCAUUGCUGAACAUCAAGCACUCUUGAGUGCUUCUACAUGUUCCUUUGUUGCAAGUUUGUUUCCUACUUCAUCUGAUGAAUCCUCCAAAUCAUCAAAGUUCUCUUCGAUUGGAACACGAUUCAAGCAACAACUUCAACAACUUCUUGAAACUUUAAGUUCAACCGAGCCUCAUUAUAUACGUUGUGUAAAGCCUAACAAUCUUCUCAAGCCUGCUAUCUUUGAAAAUCAUAAUGUUCUGCAACAACUACGCUGUGGGGGAGUCUUGGAGGCAAUCAGGAUUAGUUGUGCCGGAUAUCCCACCAGAAAACCGUUUGAUGAAUUCGUGGAUCGGUUUGGCAUCUUGGCUCCAGAAGUUUUGGAUGGAAAUAGCGAUGAAAUUCGUGCUUGCAAGAUGCUUCUAGAGAAAGCUGGACUUGAAGGCUAUCAAAUUGGGAAAACAAAGGUGUUUCUAAGGGCCGGACAGAUGGCAGAGCUUGAUGCUCGACGGACUGAGGUUCUCGGUAGAUCAGCUAGCAUCAUUCAAAGAAAAGUCCGUUCAUUUAUCGCUCAGAAGAGUUAUAUAUUGUUAAAGCGUUCUGCUUUGCAAAUUCAAUCUGUUUGCCGAGGUCAACUUACUCGCCGAAUUUAUGAAAACAUGAGGAGAGAAGCUUCUAGUAUACGGAUUCAAAGGAAUUUACGAAUGCAUAUUGCAAGGAAAGGUUACAAAGAACUUCAUUCCUCGGCUGUUUCAAUCCAAACAGGUUUACGGGGAAUGGCUGCACGUGAUGAGCUUCGGUUUAGACGGCAGACAAAAGCUGCAAUCCUUAUUCAGAGCCAUUGCCGGAAGUUCUUGGCCCGCUUGCACUUUAUCAAGGCAAAGAAGGGUGCGGUUUCUAUACAAUGUGCAUGGAGGGGAAAAGUUGCUCGUAAAGAGCUACGGAAACUUAAGAUGGCUGCAAGGGAAACUGGUGCUCUGCAAGCUGCUAAAAAUAAACUAGAGAAGCAAGUUGAAGAACUGACGUGGAGACUGCAGCUUGAGAAGCGCAUGAGAUCUGAUUUGGAAGAAGCCAAAACACAGGAAAACGCAAAACUGCAAUCCGCUUUGCAGGAUAUGCAACUUCAAUUCAAAGAGACUAAAGAGCUGCUCAUGAAGGAACGUGAAACUGCCAAAAAGGUUGUUGAAACUGUCCCAGUCAUCCAGGAGGUCCCGGUUGUUGACCAUGAGCUCACAAAUAAGCUCGCUUCGGAAAAUGAGAAACUCAAGGCUUUAGUGAGCUCUCUAGAGAAGAAAAUCGACGACGCAGAGAAAAAAUACGAAGAAUCAAAUAAACUCAGCGAGGAGAGGUUGAAACAAGCUAUGGACGCAGAGACGAAAAUUAUUCAGUUAAAAACUGCUAUGCAGAGUCUACAAGAAAAGGUUUCUGACAUGGCAUCUGAGAAUCAAAUUCUUCGCCAGAAAGGCUUUUCUACAACUGCUUCUCGUGUGACAGAUUAUCCUCAAACUCCUGAUGCUAAAGCAAUGACGAAUGGUCACUUUGGGAAUGAGGAACCACAAACACCUGCUAGGAAUUUAACUACUGAAUUUGACAGCAAGGCUAAAAGACCACCAAUUGAUCGUCAGCAUGAGAAUGUUGAUGCUCUGAUUGAAUGUGUUAUGAAAGACAUUGGAUUUAGUCAAGGCAAACCUGUCGCAGCCUUUACCAUAUACAAAUGCCUUAUUCAUUGGAAAUCUUUCGAAGCUGAAAGGACUAGCGUCUUUGAUCGUCUUAUUCAGAUGAUCGGUUCAGCUAUCGAGGAUCAGGAUAAUAACGAACACAUGGCAUAUUGGUUAUCGAACGCAUCUACUUUGUUGUUCUUACUCCAAAGGAGUAUUAAAUCUGAUGGUGCAAAUGCAGUUCGUAAACCAACACCUCCGACUUCCUUGUUUGGAAGAAUGACAAUGGGAUUUCGUUCAUCCCCGUCUACCGUAAACAUUGCUGCAGCUGCAGCUGCACUUGAGGUAGUACGUCAGGUCGAAGCCAAAUACCCUGCCUUGCUCUUCAAGCAACAAUUAACAGCAUAUGUGGAGAAAAUGUACGGUAUUAUCCGCGACAACUUGAAAAAGGAGCUGGGUUCAUUCCUCACCUUAUGCAUUCAGGCACCGCGAGCAUCGAAGGGAGUGCUACGAUCUGGGCGAUCAUUCGGCAAAGAUGCACAAUCCAAUCACUGGCAAGGCAUUAUUGACUGCCUAAACAAUCUCCUUAAUACAUUGAAAGAAAAUUUUGUAUGUAUCUUAUACCUGUUGUCUCUUAAACGUUAUAUUUAUAUAGAUGGUGAAAUACUUACGGCAGUUGCAUUUCAGGUGCCCCCCAUCAUUGUUCAGAAGAUAUUUACUCAGAUAUUUUCAUAUAUCAACGUACAACUAUUUAACAGUCUUCUUCUGCGACGUGAGUGUUGUACUUUCAGCAAUGGAGAAUAUGUCAAAGCUGGGUUAGCCGAGUUAGAGCUGUGGUGUUGUCAGGCAAAAGAAGAGUAUGCAGGAUCAGCUUGGGAUGAACUUAAGCAUAUUAGACAAGCUGUUGGGUUUUUGGUUAUACAUCAAAAAUACAGAAUAUCAUAUGAUGAAAUCAUCAAUGAUCUAUGCCCUAUUCUAAGCGUCCAACAACUGUAUAGAAUAUGCACACUUUACUGGGACGACAACUAUAACACCCGAAGCGUAUCUCCAGACGUUAUUUCAAGCAUGAGGAUAUUAAUGACUGAGGACUCCAACAAUGCCGCCAGCAGUUCAUUUUUACUGGAUGACAAUUCCAGUAUACCUUUCUCCGUUGACGAUCUCUCUAGUUCACUGCAAGUAAAAGAAUUUAGUGACGUGAAACCCGCAGUAGAACUUGCUGAGAAUCCGGCCUUCCAAUUUUUACACGAGUAAAGGCCGUGGAACUUGAAUAUAUACAUAUAUAUAUGAUAUAUAUAAUCUUAUGUUUACAAAUAUAACAUAAGAUUUGAUUGUUGUAAAAAGGUCCAUUCUUUAUUUUUAUUUUUAUUUUUCUUUUUCUGGACUGCAAAUUGUUUUGUUUUUUAUCAUGUCUGUUAAGAGUCUUGAUAGAUUCAUUGUGCAGUGUCAUAUUUUUGGGGUUUAAAAUUUUCUGCUACUUUUAAAGCAGCAUUCUUUAUAGAAGAAUUUAGAUAUUGUUUUCCUUUUGGUCAAAUGUCUUGUCUUAUAUUCCACCCAUCUUGUAAUGAUUUUUAUAUAUGAUAAGCUACACACAAGUUAUAAGGAUUUUUA